UCUCCUUCAUUCUGUCGCUCUCUUCAUCCCUCACUCAUUCCCCUUUCUCCUUUCAUCCAUUUGUCCUUUUUGUCCCCCUUUUCGACUCCUUAAGUCACAGGUACAAACAGUUACAUUGUAUUUUCCCUUCCUGCUCUUUCUCUCUCUCCCCAUCUCUCCCUCUUUCUCUCCCCCCUCUCUUUUAUCCAUAUUCCAAAGCCUACAUUUUUCUCUUCCUCUUUUUUCCUGGUUUUAUCUCGUUUCUCCUCACUUGCUGGCACAUUCGCCUUCCCUCUCUCUCAUUUCCCCUCAGUCACACAUCCAGACCCCCCCCCUUCUCCUUCUCUCCCCCUCUCCCUCUCCCCCUCUCUCUCUCUCUCUUUCUCUUUCUCUGUUGCUCAUUCCCAUUCUCACUCAGGGAGACAUUCAGCAUCCCUCUCCCUCCUGCCUUCAGCACCCUUACCUUGGAACCGUUCACCCCCAGGCACUUCUCUCUCUCUCUCUCUCCCUCUCUCUCUCUCUCUCUCUCUCAAGCACUCAUUUGCCCUCUCUGCUUCCCUCUCUCUCACACACACAUACAUUCAAAUGCAGCGUUACCCUCUCCCUCUCCGCCUCCGUCUCUCUCUCCGUCUCCGCCGCUCUCUGGUUCCCUCCCGCUCUCUCCCUCUCCGCGCGCUCCAUGCCAACUGACACCCAAGGACAGCGCACCCUCCCUCUCUCUCUCUCUCUCCGCCCGGCUCCCCGCGGCACCGGCACGUCGUCGCCCGCCUCGCCUGAAGGAGCUGGAAGAGGACGAGGAAGAGGAGGAAGAGGAGGAAGAGGAGGAAGAGGACGAAGCAGCGGGGACCCGUAACCAUGGAGCACAGCCACAUCUUCACCUCUCUGCCCCCCAACAGCAGCGUGUGGAGCCCCAGCCAGCCCCUCCAGGGCUGUCCCCUUGGCCCCCUGCCCGUCAUCUACUACAGCACCCUGCUCUGCCUCGGCCUGCCCGCCAACAUCUUGACGGUCAUUAUCCUGUCCCAGCUGGUGUCGCGGCGUCAGAAGUCCUCCUACAACUAUCUCCUGGCGCUGGCGGCCGCCGACAUCCUGGUGCUCUUCCUCAUCGUCUUCGUGGACUUCCUGCUGGAGGACUUCAUCCUGGGCGCCCAGUUGCCCCCCUCCCUCAACAAGGCGGUGCAGGUGCUGGAGUUCUCCUCCAUCCACACCUCCAUCUGGAUCACCGUGCCGCUCACCGUGGACCGCUACAUCGCCGUCUGCCACCCGCUGCGCUACCACACCGUGUCCUACCCGGCCCGCACCCGCCGCGUCAUCCUGGCCGUCUACCUGGGCUGCCUGCUCACUAGCGCCCCCUUCUACUGGUGGCCGGACCUGUGGCAGGGGCUGCCGGGCGGCGGGGGCAGCCUGGGGCAGCAGGUGCUGGUGUGGGCGCACUGCGCCACCGUCUACCUGGUGCCGUGCUCCAUCUUCUUCGCCCUCAACUCGGUGAUCGUGCACAAGCUGCGGCGGCGCAGCUGCUUCCGCCUGCGCGGCUACUCCACGGGCAAGACCACCGCCAUCCUGCUGGCCAUCACCUCCGUGUUCGCCGUGCUGUGGGCGCCGCGCAUGGUGAUGAUCGUCUACCACCUGUACGCCGCGCCGCCCGCCGCGCCCGGCCCCGCCCGCCUGCUCCACCUGGUCAACGACGUGGCCAACAUGCUGGCGCUGCUCAACACCGGCAUCAACUUCUUCCUGUACUGCUUCAUCAGCAAGCGCUUCCGGGGCAUGGCGGCCACCAUGCUCAAGGCCUUCUUCCGCUGCCAGAAGCAGCCCGCGCCCUUCUACGCCAGCCACAACUUCUCCAUCACCAGCAGCCCCUGGAUCUCGCCCGCCAACUCCCACUGCAUCAAGAUGUUCGUCUACCAGUACGACCGGAACGGGAAGCCCGUCUGCAUCUCCUCCUGAGGCCUGGCCGCCCGGUCCGUCGGCCGAUUCGCUCCACGCCCAGCCCCGCCAACCCCUCUGUCGGCUCGCGUUGCGUCGCCGUGGCGACCAUAUUGUCCCUCGUCUUCUUCCUCUUGCCCGUUGUCCUUCAGUUCCGGUGCGUGGGCUGAGAGAGAUGGAUGAGGAACACCCUCCUGGUGUGAGGGGGAUUGAGGAGAGGCCCCUGAUUGGCCUUUCCCCGCACCAUGUGACUGAGGUGGGGCCUUGUGCUGGGAGGGGGCAUGUCUCUCUGGCUCCAUGUUUCUCCUCGACAGCUUUGUGAAGCUCUCUGAAUCUGUGAAGCUCCAAAGCUCCGAAUCACUGGAGCUCUAAAGCUCUGAAUCUUUAAAGCUCUGAAGUGCAAUAGCCCUGAACCGGAAGCUCAGACGAUCUGAAUCUCUGAAUCUCUGAAGCUCAAAAGGUCUGAAAUCGGAAGCUCGAAAGCUCCGAAUCUUUGAACCUCCGACGCUCUGCGCACAGCCACGUUCCUGACUGACAGGCACGCGUUGCCGGGGUGACGUGAGCACCCGUAGUCUCAGCAGAGGCUUUUCUGUUAUUGUUCGACCAGCAACUCAUGCCAAGAACUUUUCCAUCUCAGAGGUGCAAAAAAAAAAAUAGUGAAUAAUAUAUAUAUAAAUAUAUAAAUUAAUAAGGGAUGGACAGGUGCCUGUACUGACUAUUGGGUAUGGGGGCGAUUGUUUGGCCUCCACACACAGAAUGUAAUUGCGAUGUUUGGGAUCCCAACCCAGUGCCGUGCACAUUGAGGAACGGGCUGAGUGGGGGGGGCAAGCGUGCCAAUGCUACUGGUGUUCACUUUUCAGAUUUUUGUAUUUCGUUUUCUAGUAUGUACUCGUGCGUGAAGCCUUGUGGUCCUUGUGAGCGUGAUGUCACAAAACCCAGCACCGUGGCCCUUUAAAAAAAACAAAAAAAAAGUACUUCCCCUGGUGCUGGGCGGCAUCGCAGCGUUUUAGAGUAAGGUCCCCCCCCCCCUCUCUUGGGGUGUGUUCCAACUCCUGACUUACCCGCCUCGUACCCGGGCCCAAAACAAGGAGGUGCUUCUGCCCGCUAGGUCUCGUCUUCAAAGCAACAGACAAAAAAUUAGCUAAAAUAAUUAAGGGGGCCCAGCGUCUGGCGGGAGUCCCCACGGCCGGCCCACCGCGGCCCUCGUCCGCGCCGCGGCCGGUAACGGCGGCCAUGUUUCCCAGGGGUGCACCGUGGACGCCAGAGCCCUGCGCCUGGGGGGGCCUGGGGCCCUGGGGGCCUGGGGGCCUGGGGGCCUGAUGGGUCGUAGGUGACCGGCUCUUUGAUGCGAGCCCUUCAUCUCCCAGGAGAUGUUCCAGACGGCCCGCUUCGCGAGCCGAUCGCUGCCGCCUGGGUUCGCACCGAACGCCCGCAAUAACCGCCACGGACGCCUGGUCCGCUGGCCGGGGGCCGGGUGCCUCCUCUUCGCCGUAGAACACUAGAUAGACUGUUAAAUGUACUGUAAAUGCAAAAAAAAAAAUUUCAUAAAAUAUCAACAAAACACAAUAAAAUGACAUUUAAAAAAAACACACAAAAAAAACAUCAGGUUAAGGUUUGCAAAGGUCACUUUCUUUAUCAGUAAGUCUGUCACAGCUGACAACGUCGAGAGUCCUCUACAAUUGGUUAAUAAUAUGCAAUUGAAUAUUCAUAGACUUUACCAGUUGUUCUGACAAUCUAAUAAUACUGUGUAAUUUCUGCAGCUGAAAAGAAUUUUAAUGGUGUUAGUUUGCAACCCUCUACCUAAGGUGUUACAUGAAAAGUUGAGAUCAUGUCAAAACAACCAAAUAGACAUAAAGUAGCAGUGUAUGUGUGUGGCGGUGUGUGUAUGUGCAUUUGUUUGUUUGUUUGUUUCUGUGUCUGCCAAAGUGCACGUGCGUGUACCUGUGCACGUGAGCACGCACGCGAGCGUGAAUGUGCACGUGUGAGCGAGCAUGUGCACACAAGAGCCACUGUGCUCGGUGCUGAUUUGGACUGACCAUCUUUAGUCUGUUCCGGGAAAACCUCAGCCUCAGGCAGAAAACUCCCCUCAGACCCCUUAAUCUUUCAGCUGUGUCACCCUAGCAGGAGACCAGACAGCGCAUUUACACACACACGCACACACCCACACACACACCCACACACACACACACACACACACACACACAGGCACACACACACGCACACACACACACAGUAAAAGACAGUAAAAACUGGUAGCCCCAGUACAGAGGAGAGGAAGAAAUGAGAAGGCAGGAGAGGGGGGGAAAAAGGAGGGAGGAGGUGAAGAAUGGAGGUAUAAGAGCCAGAAGAGAAAUUGGU